AUGUCCAACACCCCGUUGGCCAACCACCCGCCUUCGGGCAACUCGGCGCCCGGCCCCGCGGCCCGGAAACCCCUCCCAAAGUUCAAGAAGAAGACGCCGGCAGACAAGGAGCAGGAGAGGAGGGAGAAGGAGGAGGAGGAGAGGAGGAGGAGGGAGAAGGAGGAGGAGGAGAAGAGGAGGGAGGAGGAGAGGAGGGAGGAGGAGAGGAAGGGGAGGAAAGGGAGGAAGGAGGAGCAGAAGUGGGUGCGAAAACCCGGCGAGGUUCGCGCCCCAACCACAUCAACACCGGCGCGCCCGCCGCAGACCCUCCCGCGGCCCACCAUUCCGUUGCCGCGGCGCCCUAACCAGCCGGCACAGCCGCCCAUGCCCCGGCCAGCCCAACCGCGAUCCCGCCAAGGCCAGCCCCGCAACUCGCAGCCGGACACGUUCAAAGCCUCGAAAACGCGCAAGCCGAAGAAGAUCGACGUCGCGAAGAAGGGUCUUCACUCCUUCUCGCCGAAGGUCAACGCCGCGCCCACGCCCGUCUCAACUCCGGCCGCGAAGGAGACGCCGAAAGUCCCGGUCAAGCGCCAGGCGCCUCCGGGGCACACGGCUGCCGCGAAGUGGAAGAACGGCGUUCUCUUCGCCUACAACACCGCCGAGCUGCCACCAGACCCGGACACCGCCCCUCCUUCCGGCUCCGUGUACGCCGACGCCCUCCUCGGCCCGUACGAGUGCAUGCGGCAGCCGCAGCUCUUCAACGCGUGCGCCACGUACAUGGCGUUCAUUCGGCAACCUCCCCCCGACUUCGCCGAGGACCUCGAAUACCGGCGCAGGGACGUUCUCACCGACACCGACUCAUACGUCGUGGAGUACAUGCGCGACCGCCUGCAUACCCUCAAGGCCGACUUCGCGGCCACUUCCCGCCUCCUGCAGAACAUCUUCUUCUCCGAUGUUCUGCUUGCAGACGACUUCUCCUGGCACACGCUGAAGGGGACGAUUAUCCCGGCGACCAGUGCGGGGAACAUGUGGAAGGCGUCCUACCUGCUCUCGUCGGGCUAUCUCCAGCACGAUUUAGACUCCGAUCUCGCCUGGCGCGAGUUCCAACGCUCCUCGUCCAUCGUCGAGGCGUUCCUUUACGUGUGCGCUCUUCUCCUGCGCGACGUCGAUCAUCCUGUAGCGGCGCGUCUGCGCGAACGCCGCGAGGAGGCCGGUGACUUCCCGAAGCGCGGCGUCAUCCUCACAGGCGACGAUAUCGAGAAGUUUCACUCCUUCCUGCUGGGCAACGACGUGCCCACCUACGUACUCAUCCCGUUCGAGGAGCUCGAGAGCGCCGUUGAUCUCCAGUACUCGCCCACGGGAGAUUGGCGCUGUUCUCUCGAUGUCGACGCCAAACUCAGUAAUAUCAAGCAGAAGGACCUACCUCGGUCAUUCUAUCCGGCGGCAGGCCUGGCGUGGGAGCUCGCGGAGAUGAUGAUGAUAUCGGGGAUAGCUAGGCCGGGUGCUCGCGCGGACGAAGAGGAUGGGGACAGGGAUAUGGAUGAAGAUACGGGAGAGGACGAGGAGGACGAGUUCAAGCCGUCCGACCGGGCACAGGCUCUCAAGCGCCGGCGUAUAGCUGGCGAGCAAGCCCGAAAGCGCCAGCGCACCGAGGAGGAGGAAGACCGCGAGCGCCGCGAGGAGGAGUUCAAAAAAAAGCACCCGGAGAUGAGCAAACUCACCAGCGCUGAGCGCUACCGGUGGUUCGCGCAGGCCGUACCCGCAAUGCGCAGCUAUUACGACCGCGUCAUCAAGCCCCGCCCGCCCAACCUCCCGAUGCGGAUCGUCGCCUUUACUCAUGCGGAGAGCAUGAUGCUCGACCACGGCGUCAUGCUGGAUUCGGGCACGAAGUCUCAAGCGUCGUACAUUCCGCCCCUCCACAUCAUCAUCGGCGCCAACGACGCUCGUCUCAUUCGCUACCUGGUGAAUUUCGUUCACCUUCUCCCGUCUUUCCUCGCGGUCAUUACCCUCAAGCGCCAUCGACCCGACAGUGAUCUCGGCCGGCAGGGACCGAGGACGUGGAGGUCCAUGCUCAACGACAUCUGGCAAGAGGACCACCUUUGGUACGAUGCCGCCCCGGACGAGCUUGGCGGCAGGGACUUGUUCAAGUCCGCGUUCGAUCAUCUCCGAGCGAACCCUUCCGCCCGCCCUGCCUGGGGAAAGCUGCCUUGCGGAUGCGAUCCGACGGUCGAGCUUCUGGAGAAUGACGCCCUGCUCCGUGCGGGGCUCAUCUUCGACAUCAACGUGUGGAACUUGCUGCACAAGCUCCCCGAACUCGUUCCCCGCAAGACGCUCGCAGCCUCUGGCAUCGCGAUGCUGAAGGACGAGUGGGGCAUGCACUUCACGCCCGACUACACCGCCCCCGACCCGAACUACGAGAACGAGGCCUUGAACGCCAUUAAGCGCGUCGUCCUCGGCACCCACCUGACCCGCGCUAACAACUGGCCGCGACCAUGGUCGGCCGAGACCGACAACGAGGACGAGCGCCAGGCAUGGCUGCGGCACAUGGCGACCUUCAUGUCGGGCGUGCGGGGUGCAGAAUGGCUUGACCGCAAGAAGAGCGGCUCGAGCGAUUGGCCGUACACGACCGAGCAGCUGCGCAAGAUCGGAAGGGAGGGCGUGCCGGACGAAGAAAUGGACGUCCUUGAGCACCACCUCUACCUCCGCUACGUCCUGGCCUCGCUCGCGCGCGGAUUCAUGCCCGUCGAGUUUCAGCAACGCCCGGAUGGCGAUAUCACCCGCUGCCAGGCCUGCCGCAUCAAGCACGCGAGGGAGCACAGAGAGGCGAUGCAGAAGCCAGGCGAGGUAUCGAGCGAGGGAACGGUUUAG